AUGCCCUCACCAAGUGACCCAAAUCUUUCUAUUAUCAUAAAUCCCAGCGCAAAGAAGCAUGAACAUGCGACCAAAGAGCACGUUUUGAACACCACACAUCCACGGUCCCUCAACAAGUUGAAUGAGGUCAAUCACACAGUCUCAGAAAUGGGUCACAACCACGAAGCCAAUGUUGAGGACGUGGUGGCUCAUGUCCAUUCCGACAAUGACAACUCAGAUAACGAUAAUGAGGCGAACCAGGACGUACAAGUCCAUAACGAUUCGUCCGAAAAUAACUCUUCAGACAACCACGAUGACACGGAUGGGACGUUGGCUAUGCCGCCUGUUCAUCUCAUCAUUUUGCCCUUUUUAGAUGCACAUUCCUCCGGCGGUGAAAGGACUCUCUACUACGAAACUAUAGAGGACAUGCGUGGUACCGUAGAAGGACGCAUCUACCGUUUGUUCGACGCCAGCUUCAGCCGAAACAUCCCUGCUUACAAUCCGUAUGAGUGGUUGAAUUUUAUGAAACAUAAAGUCUCAUACGUGAUCAAGCGACCCGUAACUUUGCCACCCAGAGACCAUGGCCAUUGGGUGGCUAGAAGGGUCUACAUAGAAGAACACGAAGAGCUUUGUGGCAUGUAUAUUGUCAAACACAACUUAGAAUGGACUCAGAACGGCAGAGCCCACUGUUUCGAGCGUCUUCAAUGUCAUCGCUUUGCUGCCAUGAUGUUGCCAGCUUUUUGCCAAUCUAUUCGCAUCCACAAAGACAGAAAAGAACACAAGCGCGGAACGCCCAACGAUAUGCACCGGGCGAUGUAUUCAGAAUCACAGGGGUUGAAGCUUCCAGCAAUGUCGGUCAUGCAGACUCUAGCUCAUCUAUUCGACAUCGACGAUAAUCUGCGAUGGGUAAUUUGCGAGGCCGAAUCCGACGCAAUCACCUCUCACCAAUUCAUUGAGGAGGAUAACUUUCAAAACUUUCCUCAGGCAAAGAUGACUUGGACAGAGCUUAUAUUCGCUUGGGUUCAUUAUACUUACGAGGUAACUGGGAGACGCACACUAUUUACCAGUCUCGAAUGUAAUGAAGAGGACCAUAUAACGAAUAUAGUUAUGGCUACAAAAGGGUCAGUCUACUGA